GUCAUGCUGAGACUCUCCGGCUCUGGGCUCAGGAAGACUCGGGUGUUUCUUUGUGUUGUGCUGUGAUCCACUGCCGGGAGCCGUGAGGAGAGCGGGGCGAGCUCGGAAUCCACGAUGGAGGCCGUGACCUAUGAGGAUGUGCAUGUGAACUUCACUCAUGAAGAGUGGGCUUUGCUGGAUCAUUUCCAGAAGAAUCUGUACAAAGAUGUGAUGCUGGAAACCUACUGGAACCUCAUUUCUAUAGGUUGCAAAUGGGAAGACCACAAUAUCAAAGAACACUGUCAAAGUUCUAGAAGAAAUGGAAGGCAUAUCAACUGUCACUCUGGAUACAAGCCAUAUGAGCAUCAGGGAUAUGGAAAGAAGCAAUAUACCUCUUUUCCUUCUGGAACAGUUAGAAGAUAUGUUGUAGUCCCCACUGAGAGAAGACAUGAUGGCUGUGAUACAAGUUUACACUCUCACAUUGGAGAAUACCCUUAUGAGAACAAGGAAUAUGGAAAUCUGUCUGUCUGUCCUGGUUCACUUUGCUCAUGCAGUGUGACUCACAGUGUAUGUUAUACAUGCAAUCAGUGUUGUAAAACUCUGAGUUAUUCCAGUUCUUUUCAAAGACAUGAAAAAACUCAUAUGGGAAUAGGAAUUGAUAACCUUGAUGUUUGUACUAAGGACUUUAGCCAUCCCAUGUAUCUUCAAACACACAAAACAACCAAUAAUGAAGAAGAGCUCUAUCAAUGUAAUCAGCAUGAUACAGCCUUUAGAUAUGAUUCCUCUUUGAAAGUACACCAAAGAACUCAUUUGGAAGAAAAACCCUAUGAAUAUAAUCAAAGUGAUAAGGUCUCUGCAUGUCACAGUCUUCAUCAAGUACAUAGAACUCAUUUCAAUAUGAAAAAGUAUGAAUAUCACCAAUAUGAUAAAGCCUUUGCAAGUCCCAGUUAUCUUCAAAUAUAUAAAAGAAUUUAUACUGGAAAGAAACCCUAUGUGUGUACACAAUGUGAUAAAGCCUUUGCAUGUUCUAGUUAUCUUCAAAUUCAUAAAAGAAUUCAUACUGGAGAGAAACUCUAUGAAUGUAAUCAGUGUGGUAAAACCUUUAUACAAAAGAGUCAUCUUCACAGACAUGAAAGAAGUCAUAGUGGAGAGAAACCCUAUGAGUGUAAUCACUGUGGUAAAGCCUUUGCACACAAGUACAAGCUUCUCAUUCAUGAAAGAAUUCAUACUGGAGAGAAACCCUAUGAAUGUAGUCUUUGUGGUAAAGCCUUUGCAGAGAAGUGCAAUCUUCUUAGUCAUGAAAGAAGUCAUACUGGAGAGAAACCCUAUGGUUGUAAUCAAUGUGGUAAAGCCUUUGCACAGAAGAGUGAUCUUCGCAGUCAUGAAAGAAUUCAUACUGGAGAGAAACCCUAUGAAUGUAAUCAAUGUAAUAAAGCCUUUGCACAGAAGAGUAAUCUUCGAAGUCAUGAAAGAGUUCAUACUGGAGAGAAACCCUUUGAAUGUAAGCAAUGUGGUAAAGCCUUUGCUCAGAAGAGUAAUCUUCUUAGUCAUGAAAGAAGACAUACUGAAGAGAAACCCUAUCUAUGUAAUCAACCUGCUCAAUCCUUUGCACUGGAGAAGAAUUUUCUCAUUCAUACUAGUAAUGCAGAAGAGAGACCUUAUGAAUGUAAGCAAUGUGGUAAAACAUUUGCAAGGAAGAGUCAUCUUCUUAGUCAUGAAAGAAUUCAUACUGGAGUGAAACCCUAUGAAUGUAAUCAAUGUGGUAAAACUUUUGCGUGCAACAGUAACCUUCGCAGGCAUGAAAGAUGUCAUACAGGAGAGAAACCUUAUGAAUGUAAUCAAUGUGAUAAAGCAUUUGCACGUAAAAGUCAUCUUCAGAGUCAUGAAAGAUGUCAUACUGUACCCUACACAUAUAAUCAAUUUGGUAGAGACUUUGCAUGUAGCAGUCCCAUUCAUAUAAAAGAAAGAACUUAUACUGGAGACAAACCCUAUGAAUGUAAUCAAUACGGUAAAGACUUUGCACAAAACAGUCAUCUUCACAAUCUUGAAAAAAAUCAAAUGCAACAAAAACCCAAUGAAUGUAAUCAGUGUGGCAAAGUCUUUCCGUGUUGCAUUGUUCUUCAAAAUCAUGAAAAAUUUCAUACUGAUGAAAAUCCCUAUGAACCUAAUAAAUGAGGCCAAGCCUUCCAUUCCACAUACAUUUUUUCCCCACCAUAUUAGCUCACCAGUGCUUGAGUAAGGUUAGCAGAGCCACUCCUUAGUUAAAAGAUUGUCUCUUUUCAAGUAAACAUACUGCAUUCCAAGAAUACAGAAACACAUGAUAUUUUGAAUAAUAAAAUGUAUUUGCAAUUGAAACUGCUAUUUAUACUGUCAUCCAUUAUUUGGGGGUCAUGUAUUCUUGUCAUAUACUCAGCAACACAAGAAUGGCGGAGAAUUUUAUCAGUUAAUGUGAUUGCUGCUAACCCUAAUUACCUGAUACUGAGUUUCAGGGUGGCCUUAGUUAUAUAGUGAGAUGUUUUUGCAAGAAAAAUCCAAAAAGGGAAUCUGGAAAGAUGGUUGCAUUUCCACAGGACCCACGUUUAAUUCUUAGCACUCACAUAGCAGCUCAUAGCUAUCUGUAAGUCCAGUUCUAGGGGAUCCAACAGCCUCAUAUAGAAAUGCAUUCAGUCAAAACACUUUUUCAUGUAAAAGACAAAUAACAAUUUUCUAAAAGUAUAUGUCACUUUGUGAUUUUUUUUUCCAUAGUUUAAUGUGGAUUCAUUUCUGCUCAGCUAAGUCAUUUGUGGGGGUCAUUCACCUCAAGAGAAUUAUGUUAACAAUUAAAAUAAGCAAUGUGCAGAGUCCAUUUACAAAGGAAUUGAAAUUCACUUAUUCUUUUCCUGUACAAGUAGCAGGGACUUUCGUCCAAAUGAUGUAAGGCAGAAGAAAUAAAGAGGCAGGGAUAUCUUCAUUUUCUGCAUUAUAAUGACAUCUUUGGAAGCUGGAGAGUUGACUCAGUAGCACUGCUGCUGUUGGUCGUACAAUUUUGGUUCCUAGCACCCAUAUCAGGUGAACCAGAUGUACCUGUAAAUCCUGGUUUGGAGGUCUGAUGCACUUUCAUGCCUUCCUUGUGCACCCGGUAUGUUAAUGGAAUAAAGGCAGAUAUAUACAUAUACAUACACAUAUAUCUUUAUGUAUGUAUAUGUAUGUGAUAGAGAAGAGAGGGACUCUAUAUAUUUCAAAAAAUUUUUCUUUAUGUAAAUGUCAUUUUUUUUCUUAAAAUCACUUUUCUUCAUGUGUAUUGUUGGAACACUGUCCUGGAUUGAAGUCAUGUAAAAAUGAGAAUUUUGAGUGCUUAUGUUUGCACAUCAAGAAAACAGAACAAGGUAAUUAUUACUUAAGAUUUUUCAAAACAGAAUUGUUCUUGGAAUGCGUUUUUAUGUUCCUCACAAUAUAGCAGUUAGGAGUGAGUUUACUUCAUACUACUCAUUAUUGUUUGUUGUUUUGUUCAAUUAAACUAUGCUUUAUAUGUCUUCAUGGAAAAAUAUGUUUUUGUCCCAUGUGGAUUGUUUUUUCAUUGCAUACAGUUUCAGCACACUAGAACUUUACUCACAUAAUCUUUCUUAACCCCCCCAGUAUAAAUUUUUUGGGGUCUAAAUAAAAUAGGCUCUUCCACGAGACUUUAGUGUGCCUCAUUUAUCACACAGUUCUCCCAGGAUCUUCUGUCUCUACAGUGGUGACAAGUGGCUCUUGAACAGGGGCCAGACAUUGGCUAGAUGAUGAGAGAGUAAGGACUCUCAGAGAAAGAGGUGAAUAAAGAGUAAUGAUGCAGAAACCAGAAAGCCUUUGCCUUAUUUUGGACAAGUGCAUCACUUUAAAUGUAAGGAUGAGCACAAAUAUUAAAAGCGCAACUAUUAUACAUCAUGCAAAUUGGUUUUAACUCCUGAUUUUCCAAAGAUGUCAAUUCAGGUGAAGAAGUAUGGGACAGUUCAGAAGAAAAAUGAAAAGAUAUAUAAAGAAGGGGGAAAGAUCCCUGUUCAAUUUUGGGUCACUUGGUCAUUAACUUGGAUUGUUGCUGUAAUAAUUAAGGAGGAUAUUAAUCUUGAGGAAGUGAUACCAAAUUCUUGAAAUGAAUAUAAACUUCAUGACUAAACUUUAAAAUUGAUAAAAGAGACAAAGAUGAUUUUUUGUUGUUGUUCAGGCAAAAUUGAGAGCAAAGUAGCACUGACAUGGGUACAGGUGGCAGCUCCCUCAGCUCUCGUACUGUAGCCUCCUUAGAUACAUAUCUUUUGUUUUCUGAAAAAGAUCCCAAAGCAUUGGUUGAGUAAUUUACUCAUCAUUCUAAUCUUGAGUUUUCUUCAUUUUGAUGAGGAUGUAGGAGAGUCUGUUGGAAAGCUAACCUUAUUUACCAAUUCCUUCCUGACCUCAUGAACUAUGUUUGUUAUUUCUAGUGUAAUUUCAGCAAAAUGAAAAUGUUUAACCUCUAAUUAUGCACUAAACACUCUGUUUAAAAUCAUAGAAGGACAGAUGGCACUGGACUGUCUUUCUUCAGAGUUUUACAUGAAUGAUGUAUUACCUUUCCAUACCUACGUGUCAUAACUUGAAGGGAUCUCAGUCACCUGUGUCUUCCACAAAAUAUCACAUUGGUGAACUAUUUUGAUGCUAUUAUUUUGAUUGGACCAUUUGAGUAGGUGGUAACAAUCCUUUGAACUCAUUGGUAACAAUAUGUCUAGGAUGGUUCAUAAAUCCAACCGAAAUUCAAGAGCCUUCCACCUAAUUAAAAUUCUUAGAAGUUGGAUGAACCUCUGUGGGAGCAAGCCCAAACCAGGGAAAUUUGUGGGAACAGGCCCAAACCAGAGACCUCCUCUACCAGAGCAGGCCUGAGCCAGAGACCUCUGUUGGACCAGGCCAGAGCCUCCAGGAACAGCGAGUGACCUCCAGGAUAACUGGAACAGUGACCCUGAUUGCACCAUAAGGAGAAACCAUCUGAGUCUUGGGUCCACUGGCACCUGAGUGAC